GCCUGGGAGGGGGAAAAUACAAUGUUCCAGACCUCAUUUCCGUGUGAAAUAUGAAGUUUCUUGCAAUUUUACCCAAUCAGAUAAUGAUCCAAGAUCACAAAAUGUACUUGUGAAAGACCAACCUUUAGUUAAGAUGUGUGGCAUCACAUCAGCUAAAGAUGCAGCUAUGGCAGCCGAAGCUGGGGCUAAUUUUAUUGGAAUGAUCUUGUGGCCAAAAUCAAAACGUUCCAUCUCUCUUUCUGUGGCAAAGGAGAUCUCAAAAGUCGCAAGAGAAUAUGGAGCACGUCCUGUGGGUGUAUUUGUGGACGAUGAUGCAGAAACAAUAUUAAGAAUUUCUGAAGGAGCUAACCUUGAAUUCGUGCAGCUUCAUGGGCAUGGUUCUCGGGCAGCUUUUCCAUCUUUGAUUCAGGAAAAUCGUGUAAUAUAUGUUCUUCAUGCAAAUGAAGAGGGAAGCCUGUUAAACACAAUUUCUGAUGAACAAUGCUCUCUAGUUGAUUGGGUGCUUGUAGAUAGUGCAACGGGUGGCAGUGGCAAAGCAUUUGAUUGGGCAAAGUUUAAACUACCAACAAUUGGAAGCAAGCAUGGUUGGCUACUGGCAGGAGGGAUCAAUCCUGACAACGUAUCAGAGGCUUUAUCUGCUCUUAAGCCUCAAGGGGUAGAUGUUAGUAGUGGAAUUUGUGCAUCAGAUGGCAUCCAGAAGGAUCAAUCAAGAAUAACUUCCUUCAUGAAGGCGGUGCAUUCUGUUCAGUACUAAUUAACCUCAGAUCAUUUUGAUCUUCGAGACAGCACAUUAAUAAGGUUCAGGAUUUAAUGAGCAGAGAGUAUACAAUUUUCAUAUUGAUUUGGGUAUUUUUGGGACUCAUGAACUAGAGAAGUACAUUUCUCAAACAAUUAUGUUGAGAACGUUAACGCCCAAGCACAAUAAUAAAAAGCUAAAUGACUGCCAUUCUAGUUCCCACCCAAAA